AUGUCAUUCUUCGCGCUAGCUUUUAGCGAGUACGCGAUGUAUUUCAACACCAUCCGAGACGUCUAUGAGGCAUGGGUGAUCUACAACUUCCUGUCGCUGUGUCUGGCGUGGGUGGGGGGUCCCGGAGUGGUCGUGACGUCGCUCGCUGGUCGCGUGCUCAAGCCGUCCAUCGUUCUCGGCACCUGCUGCCUGCCUCCCAUGCCGCUCGACGGCCGAUUCAUCCGGCGCUGCAAGCAGGGCUGCCUGCAGUUCGUGUUCCUCAAACCCAUCCUGGCGGCGCUCUCGCUCAUCCUCUACUCGUACGGGCUGUACAACGACGGCAACUUCAGCGCGUUUGACUCGUACCUGUACAUCACGUGCGUGUACAUGAUCUCCUACUCCAUCGCCAUCUACGCGCUCAUCCUCUUCUACGUCGCCUGCAAGGACCUCCUCACCUCCUUCAACCCCAUCCCCAAGUUCCUCAUGAUCAAAGCAGUCGUCUUCCUCACCUACUGGCAGUUCCUCAUGAUCAAGGCCGUCGUCUUCCUCACCUACUGGCAGUUCGUCAUGCUCAUGGCCGUCAUCUUCCUCACGUACUGGCAUGUACACCCCUUCCCACCCCACUCUUCCACCCCGAAACCUUCUCCCAACCUUCCCCACCCACCCCUCUCUCUCCCUCUCGUUCCCAAGUUCCUUCUCCCAUUUUUCCCUUUCCCCCCGCGAUCGACCAUCGUUCCCCCAUCCCAGUUUCCCCGUCCCCCCUCCCUCAACACUCCUCCAUAUCCCUUCCAUUCACAGCAUCAUCACCUUCCUCGUUGCCAUACCAUAUCAUACCCAUCUAACCAUAUAAUCUUCCCCUCCCCCUCCCACACGGCCGCUCCCAAAUCCCUCUCAUGCAGGGAGUUAUCAUCUUCCUCAUCGCCAGGGUUGGGCCUGGCGAAUAUGACUGAGGAGCAGAGGGGUGCGCUGAUUUCCGCGUUUAAGCAUUCUGUCAAUAUGGGGGAUGUGGUGAGCGACACGGUUCACCAGUUCGCUCCAACGUACCAUGACUAUGUGCUGUACAGCGAUGGGUCGCAGGACAAGCCGCAGCACUACCGCACCCGCACCUUCGUUCCAGCAGGCAAGGAGAUGGAGAAUGCGCCUAUUCUUCAAUCUCCUACUGGAGAACCCUCGAGCUCUUACGACCCUCCGGUUAAGAAAACCAAUUCGUCACUUUCUCGAAGCAGCAGCAAGGGAGGAGAGGGGAGCGGUGUCAGGGGGGUUGGGUCGGAGGGUGAGCCGCUGUCUCGGCGGGCGUCGAGCAUCAACGAGGAGGAGAACUCUCGGUUGAGACGCAGCUCAGGGGCGGCGAGCAAGGAGAACGAGUUUGGGUUUCUGAUGAACGAGGAUGAUAUGAUUGAGGAGGGAGAUCCACGACUUGACCUUGAGGGGUUUGUAACUGGACGACGAGCUUCGAAAAUAUAUUACGCACUGUGCUGCUUGGUGCGGGGCGCGGGGAUCGCGGAGGAGGAUGGCGAGAUAGCGGACGAUGGCGAGAUUGCAGACGAUGGCGACUCGGAGGUUGGCUCCGCACGUUCGGCGCGUCGCGUGGAAAACGGCGCCGAUACAGCGACCAUGGUGUCCGAGGUUGGCGCCGAGGCGGCGGAUGACGGCGCGAUGGUGGGCGAUGACGACACGGUAGGCGCUGGUUUGAAGGUGGCCGGUCGUGCGGUGGGCGCUGGCUUGACGGUGGCCGGUCGUGCGACGGUGGGCGCUCGUGCGACGGGGGGCGCGCGUGCGACGGAAGGGGCUCGUGCGACAGUGGGAGAUGGCGCGACUGCGGUGGGCGGCGCUUGA